UUGCUAUGUCCAAUUUUAGAUUUACACAGUUGGAGGAAAAGCACCGUGGCUGAAAACUUGGAAAAAUGGGAAAAGUAGCAGGCGUUAAGACUUUAUCCGCGCAUCCGCUGGCGAGAUAAGGAACCACAGAGAUGUAUCUGCAUGUUUCACCCACGGAGCGGAUUUCACGCUGACAAUAAUGUCGAAGGAGGAAAAAACGCAGAUUUCCUCGCAAUUCCAUUGAAAGUAAAUUUACUCAUGGAGAGAGGAGCAAGUCGGGAGUCAUGAGCACAGGUGUAAAGAAGCCUCCAUUAGCUCCCAAACCUAAACUCCCUGUCACUACCAAACCUUCACCCCCGCCCGUCGCUCCCAAACCGGGACUCAUUUGUCAGCCUUUGGCGGUCUCCCAGCCCUCCCCUUCCACUCUGAAGAGGGCAAAACCGGCUGUUGCCCCCAAACCAUGCAUCCCCAAAUACUCUGUUGCCUCUUCUCCCCUGGUUUCACCCCCGCCGCCACCCAAGCCUGCUGAACUGCUUAUCCCAUCUCAGGAACAGCAGGAGGCUUUUGAUGAUGGCCUCAAUCUUCUCAACUCCAAAAACGGGAUAUUAUCUGAGGCUAGCAGACGUGAAUCGGAUUACAUCAUUCCCACCUGCUCCUGUGGGCUCCGGGACUGUGCACAGUGUCAGCCCCUGGAAAAUGGGAGCACAUCUGAGGCUGGGGGACAUUCACACAAAGAGCUGUUAGAGAAUGGCGUUUCCAAAGAGGGGUUCGUGGGGUCAAAGCCACGAAAGGGUGGAGAAAAUCAAGAGGAAGAUAAGGGUGAAAGUGUGCAGAUUAGCAAAAAGCCCAGGGGUAAACCUCAGAGACAGAAACACCUUGAUAGGGGACCGGUAAGCAAGGAGGUACAGAGGACUAAGGAGCAGGAAGUAACUUUAAAAAAUCAAGAAAGCCCUGCUGCUGAGCUCGAUGUCUCUAAAGUAUCGACGGAGGCCCAAAACACACACUUGAAGUCAGCCUGUGAUGUCAUAGGUGGCAUCAUUGUCUUCUCAAGCAUCUCUCCUCUUGAAUUGCCUACAGAGUACUCUGAAAGCAGCAACACUGUCAGCAGAGUGUCUCCUACCCAGUCACACCCUGAUCUGCAGGUCCCCGCUGCUCCUAGCAAGCCUCUCCCAGUCCCUCAGCCUCGUAAACUUAAAAAGCCGGCCUUGGUGAGGCAGGAUGGUCUGGAGGGUGGUGCUCAGGAUCAGUUUGUGGAGGAGCAGAAACAAAGAACUGAGAUGAAGGAAGCUGAGGGGAAACUAGCUGCUCUGUCUCUCAGUACAGAGAGCAAGGAGCUCAAACCGGAUGCGUGUGAUGACAGUUCACCCCCAAAAGACUCAGGUUUAGGAGACGAUGAGGCUGACGCGCCUGUCCCGCCUCCUCGGCAAACCUCUCUGUCACCUCAUCUCCACAGGUCAUUUCGCAUAAACCCCAAUCUUAACAAAAACAACUCCCACUCCUUAGACCUACUCUCACAGCCCGACUCUGUCAGCCACAGUAAAGAGGGUGAGGCGCGCCGGGCCGAGGAAGAUGAGGAGGAUGGGUACGGCGACUUUGAGCGGUACCCCAUCAGUCAUAGCCUCCCUAAACAGAUCAAACUCAGCUGUCACCCUCCUCUGGCGAACGACAGGAAAGCCUUCUCCGCUGAGGAGGAACAGUCGCCGAGGGCACCGCCAAGAAAACCGCAGAGACACAGCCUGCCCACACCUCCUCCACCCUCCAUCUGCCCUCCUGCACCUCCACAUGCUAACACCCCAAUGAGGGAGCUGCCCGCUCCUCCUCAGGAGAAAACAAGCUGGCGCUUCUCGCGACCCUACGUGACCUUCUUCAGCCGACAGAUCCCCACCAGGAGCAGCGUGCCGCCUAAGAGUCGAGCCCCGGUGCUGGGGAGCAAGCAGAGGGCGCAGUCUUUCUCUGCAGCUGACCUGGCAACCCGGGCCAACUCUCCAAAGAGGAGCCUCUCUUUCCGGAAGCUGCUGGAACUCCGGCUGUCAGUGAAGAUGCUGCCAAAGCUGCUUGCCAAGGGAGGGCAGUCCCUGGACUGCACCAGCGUCGAGUCAAACCGGGGCAAGAGGAGCCUGGAGAGGCCCAGUAGCUGCGUAGGGGAGGCUGAUAUUUGCGGAGAAGGCAUAGAAGGCUUGGCGGAGUAUGAGAACGUCCCGCUCUAUGAGGAAAUCCCGGAAUACAUGAAUCUGCCGUUUCACAGUGCCAGGCUGGGCUGGCCUCAUGACCCAGAUGCAGCUGAUGCAGACAUCUACGAGGUGCAGGAUCCAUACCACAGAUGUCAGGAACAUGAGUAUGAGAGCGGCUGCCUCAUCCAGGACGUCCACUCUGAGGAGGAGGAGAUCCACAGCUCAGAUGACGAGGACAACAGCUCCACCUCUAGCAAGGAGCACUUGGACGAGGCAGACAGACAGCAAGAAGACGAGAUGAAGAGGAAGAAGGUGGUGCACAUCGCCCAGGAGAUCAUGAGCUCGGAGAAAGUGUUUGUGGAUGUCCUGAAGCUUCUGCACAUAGAUUUUCGGGAUGCCGUUGCCAAGGCAACCCGUCAGAAUGGGAAGCCGGUGGUAGAUGAGCGGAUCCUCUGUCAGAUCCUGUACUACCUGCCUCAGCUGUACCAGCUCAACAAAGACCUGCUGAGAGAGCUGGAGGAGAGAGUGGCACACUGGAGCGACCAUCAGAGGCUGUCGGACAUUUUCGUACAGAAAGGUCCUUACCUGAAGAUGUACUCCACCUACAUCCGCCAGUUUGACAACAACGUGGCUCUGCUGGAUGAGCAGUGCAGGAAGAACCCCGCGUUUGCAGCCGUUGUCCGAGAGUUUGAGAUGAGCCCAAGGUGUGCCAGCUUGGCUCUGAAACACUACCUGCUGAAACCAGUGCAGAGGAUCCCUCAGUACCAGCUGUUGCUCACAGAUUACCUGAAGAACCUUCCAGAGGACUCUGAAGAUUACAAAGACACACAAGCCGCCCUCAGUAUCGUGAAGGAGGUGGCCAACCAUGCGAAUGACAUCAUGAAGCAAGGGGAUAACUUUCAGAAGCUGAUGCAGAUUCAGUACAGCCUCACUGGGCACCAUGAGAUCGUUCAGCCAGGCAGGGUGUUUCUGAAGGAGGGCACACUGAUGAAGCUGUCCAGAAAAGUCAUGCAGCCACGAAUGUUCUUCCUGUUUAAUGAUGCGCUCAUGUACACCACUCCAGUCCAGUCUGCCCAGUAUAAACUCAACAGUGUCCUUUCUCUGGCUGGGAUGAAGGUGAGUAAGCCCAGCCAGGAGGCCUAUCAGAACGAGCUGAACAUCGAGAGCGUUGAACGCUCUUUCAUCCUGUCAGCGAGCUCAGCUACCGAGAGAGACGAGUGGCUGGAGGCCAUCGCCAAGGCCAUAGACGACUACACGAAGAAGAAAAUCACCUUCAUAUCGAGCCGAAGUCAGGAGGAGUCGGAGGGGGUCGUUGAUAGCGGUGCCCCGUUAGGCUCAAAGGCUCCCAUCUGGAUCCCAGACCUGAGGGCCACCAUGUGUAUGAUCUGCACCUGCGAGUUCACCCUCACUUGGAGGAGGCACCAUUGUCGCGCCUGUGGAAAGGUGGUGUGUCAGGCGUGCUCUGCCAACAAAUACUACCUGGAGUACUUAAAGAACCAACCAGCUCGUGUGUGUGAUCAAUGCUUUGCAAAGCUACAGGAGAACAGUGACCGCUGUGCUUCAACAUCAAUUUCUCCCAUCAAAUCUGGAGCUUUCUCCUUCACCAGGAAACAGAAGAAGAUUCCUGCUGCACUGAAAGAGGUGUCUGCCAACACUGAGAAUUCCUCCAUGAGUGGCUACCUAAACAGGUCAAAAGGCAACAAGAAGCAGUGGAAGAGGCUGUGGUUUGUCAUUAAGAAUAAAGUCCUGUACACCUACGCUGCCAGCGAGGAUGUGGCAGCGUUGGAGAGCCAACCUUUGCUGGGUUUCUUCCUGAGAGAGGAGAAGAACGGACCCGCUCAGAAGCUGCAGUUCAAGCUGUAUCACAAAAACACACUGUUCUACAUCUUCAAAGCUGACGACAUCCCCACGGCACAGAGAUGGAUCGAAGCCUUCCAGGAGGCAAUGAUUCUCGAGCAGUAAUCCCCCUUUUUUCAGUAGUGAAGUUGUGUGACAGCCCCGGAGCCAGUUGAAAGACAACUUACGACCCCUGAUUGAUCACAGGUCAGAGGUCACCAGCUCAGGAAGGACUCCAGGUGGACUGUCUACCUUAAACUGAAGCCUGCUGCAGAGGGUCACAAACUCUGCUUGGAAGCCAGACUCCUUUAGCUCUCCAAGAACUGGUUUUUCUGAACUUAUUUUCAGCUUCUGAUGCUCAGCGGUGCAAAAAGCGAGUAGCAGCUGCGGGUCAAAGGUCAAGUCCAGAAGCACGUGUGUGGAAGUGAGACCAAACAGUUGACUGGGCUUUUUAAAGUCCCUCGGAAAUCCUUGGAAGUCGGAAGUCUGGGGAUGAUUUUUCAAACGCUGUUGGGCGAAGGAAUCCGUGUGAAACAAACUUCAUACUGGCUGCACACAAAUAACAUAAAAUACCAAUCAUGUGUGAUUGGCACUAAUGUCUGAGGAGAGUUCAUAUAUGUAACAGCAUGGGCUUUUAAUGUGAAAAUCAGGCUUUAACAGAAACAGGAAGUGGACAUUCUGCUCUUUAAAUGCAUCUCUCUGGUCAAGAGAUCCUUUAAUAACAAACAUCCUGGAGACAACUGGAAGUGUCAUGAAGAUUAUUGUAUAUAGGUUUUUUGGCCUGUUGAGCCACAUAGGAAGUGGUCAAAGGGUAAAACUGUGUACAUUAAAGAACAACGCUGACCUUGUUUGUUUUUUUUGCUGUUGUUGUUAUUGUUGUUUUUUAAAGCCGAGAGCUAAUAUUUAUAAAAUAGGAAGAUUUAUUGUUUAAAAAGCGCAGGCUGCAUUUAAUUUUGGGAGUCAGGGUUUGUUAUCAGAGACCUUCAUACCCUUCAAAAUAAUUUUAUUUUUAAUACAUGGGGCUUUUUUUAAUGAGAAAACACUGUAGGCAAUACACAUGAACUAUAUAUUUCUAAGGAAAUAUUCAUUCUUGCAUUUAGCAGACUUUGUGCCUUCUAUAUCCUCCUGUUUGAGAUAGACUGCAGCAGCACAGAUUGAAAUUCCUUGCAGCGUAGGACAUGCAUGGCGCACUGUCCCGCGUCCCGCUAGGGUUCUCAGCCUUUCAACAUGUUUAAAAAAAACUGCAUUUUGUUGCAGUCUGUUUGUUUGUUGCACACAGUCUGUGUGUUGAUGUCACAUUUGAACAAACCCAGAAACAGAAACUUUUUUUUUAGUAAAGUAAUAAAAAGGGGGGAGAGUGUCAUCAGAGCUUAUACAAUAACAUUUGUAAACAUCCACUCUAUACGCGUUAGAGUCUCUUAUAAACAGCAUUUCUAAACUGUCAGGAAACAGUUUUUAAUAAAAUAUAUAUGAAUAUAAAACGUAUCCUCUU